AAUACACACAUACCCACAUACGCACGAAAUCCCAUGAGCUGCGCACAAGAUUUGCUUUCUCUACGCACUGGUGACUGUGGAAGAAAAUCGUGCCAGACAAGAAAGCGGCCCCGUCUUGCUGCUCUUUUCUUGAGGUGAUUGAUUUAUUUUCCCGAUCUCCGGGCCAUCCUUGGUUUGUUUUUGAUGUUAAAAGCGAGCAGGCGACCAUUCGCAGCGCCUGCGAACACUGCGACACCAAGUGCUGAAUAAUCGACUACAAACUAGCGAAGGAGUAGAAAAUCCUGCCUUCAUGUUGGGAACGUUGGCGGUCCGCUGACCGACCUGGGGGUGUUAUAAAUGUUGACUCAGCGUGAGAAAACCGUGGUCUCUACUGCCGUCAUAGCAGCCGUUGGUGUCGGUGUACUGUUCGUACUUUCGCGCUACCGUCGGGGCAUCAUGAGCCGGCUGAAGGCACUGAACCAGCGGGAUCCGCUCCGUGGCCAGCAGGUACACAUCAUCAACACGGCCGACGACUGUCGCAUGAUAGUGGAGAAGCUGCAAAGACACUGUCAGGAGUACAAUGUGCUGGGGUUCGACUGUGAGUGGGUGAGCAAUCAGGGCAAGCGGCGCCCGGUGGCGCUGCUGCAGCUUGCCUCACAUCGUGGCCUCUGCGCGCUGAUACGGCUGUGCAUGAUCAACAGGAUACCGCAGGAGCUGUACGACCUGCUGAAUGACGACAAUAUUAUCAAGGUCGGCGUUUCUCCGUACGAGGACGCUCGCGUCCUACGGGAAGAUUACCGGCUGAAGGUGGAGAGCACGCUCGAUUUGCGCUACAUGGCCGAACGGGCAGGACUGGAACCGCUCGGAAUAGCGCGACUGGCCAACGAGGUGCUCGGGCUUACGCUGGACAAGCAUUGGAAAGUCCGCUGCUCCGAUUGGGAGUCGCCGGAGCUGUCCGAUCGACAGAUUAAGUACGCCGCCAGUGAUGCCCAUGUGGCAGUGGAGAUGUUUAAAAAGCUCUCCUACAAACUAGUCCCUCACUAUCCAUGGACAAGCCGCAAGGUUGUACUGGAGCAAGUUCUGGAGGAGAUGGACUGCUUCAUGGAUCAGCCGCACAACAAUCGCAAAGCGAAAUCGGGCGGAAGCUCCAAAUCCAAGAAGCUCCUCGCACCACAAAAUAAUCAAAAAGGGAACAAACGUUACCAUUCGACGCGCACGAAGCCACUGUACCACAACUGUUUGAUGCAGGCUCCGGACGGUGAGUUGCUGUGCACGUGCGAUCGCCGCAAGGCGGAAUGGUAUGUUCAGCGAGAGCUAGGCGAUCUUGUGUGUGAGAAUCCGUACACCGUCCGGUUGCGCUUUGAGCCGGCCGGUCGGGCCGUGGACGAGGCCGGCAAAUAUUAUCUACAGGCGAAGGAAAACAUAUGCGUGGUGUGCGGGGCGAAUUCAAGCUUCAAUCGUAAAAAUAUAGUCCCGCGCGACUAUCGCAAACAUUUCCCUGUGGUAAUGAAGGAGCACGUCUCACACGAUGUGCUGCUGCUGUGUGCCGACUGUCAUCAGCGGAGCAGCAUGUACGACGAACGUCUGCGCCAGGAGCUGGCCGAACUUUGCAAUGCACCCCUGCCCGGCCAGAAGAACGGUACGAAGGAGAUCCGGCUCGAGUCGAUGGCCGAAAUCCGGAAAGCGGCCCGUGCCCUGCUGAACUUUGCCGCCAAGAUUCCACCGGAGCGCAAGCAGGAGCUUGAGCAGCGACUGCUUACGCUGCUGAACAGUCUGGGCAGUGAGGGUGACGCGUCGUCCGAGGCUCCGAAUGAGCCACAAAUUACGGAGCUUACGCCGGCACUGCUCGAGGAGUACAGCAACAUCGACGUGUCGGUGCGCAAUGAGCUGUACUGUGCGCACGGGGAGCGCGUGGUGGAGCACUACAAGAAGGCGCCGGGCGGCUUGAUGCAGUUGGAGCGUAGAUGGCGCGAAAAUUUCCUCCAAACCAUGCGUCCCAAGCACCUGCCGCAGCUGUGGUCGGUCGAUCACAACUACAAACGACUGGAAAUACGGGCCGUAGAGGGGAGAGUAAAUGUGGAAGAUUUGACGAUUGCGGGCAUCAGCCUCAAUUCAUCGCCCUCCACCUCGGCCACGUACUCGAGCCGAUCGUACACGAGCAACUCGAACAACUCAUACACCAACGGCAGCCGCACGUACAGCGGCCUGGCCAAUACCGAUAAUCCCGCAACAUCGACGCGAUUCUACUCCAACGUACAGUCGCAAGCCACCAACGGCGGUGACACGGGCACUACUAUGACGGGCGGUUCGCCCUACACAACGACGCAGUACAAAUCCAUUCUACAACAACCAGUACAACCGACGGAUGGUCGAUGGGUGCCGGGAAGCGAUGACACUAUGUCGGGCGGAUCGACCGAGUUUAAAACUGCCCACAACCAAACGACGCUUCUGGCGUACGGUGCCGAUCAGGAGGGUGGCGGCGUCGGUUCACUGCUAGACAGCGAGCCGGCAACUGAGCGUGAUUUUGCUUCGCUCCAACUCACCUACGAUAGUGACGAUUCUAACUCGACUCUUUCGCAACCGUCAUCCACGCUGCUGAACUCCAACGGUGUAUUCCCGGAUGAGGACGAGGAGGAAGAGGAAGAGGAGGAUGUGGCGGCGGGUGUACAGGAGGAGGACGCGGACGAACGUAGCCUAAACGCGGUGGACAGUUUAGCCACCGACAGUUCUUCCUCGUCGAACGUGCCGAAGGUGCAGCGGGAUGGCGCACCGCAAGGAAGCAGCCCCAGCGCCGCCCGGCUAGACCACCACGAUCAGCAGCGGGCUUGGUAGGCGACACCGGAAUACGAAAGAGGCAAUACAUAUAUAUUUUUGAAACCGAAACAACGCUAACAACAGGCGACCACGAUUCACACAAAUGUAACAAACAAAUAACGAGACAAAACCACACAACAAGUAUGAAUUAUAUUCUAGCGCGUUGGUUGUAAACCGCAAAACCCAAAA